AUGGAUGAGAAAGGUGGUUUCAAAGUCGUCAUUGGCGGCGGUAGUAUUACGGGCCUCGUGCUGGCCAACAUGCUACAGCUGUACGACAUCGACUUUGUUGUCCUGGAGGCGUAUCCCGAUAUUGCACCACAGGUUGGUGCAAGUAUUGGCAUAUUGCCCCAUGGAAACCGGAUAUUGGAUCAGCUCGGCCUGUUUCAGAAAGUGCUAGAUCGGUGUCCUCCACUAGACUCGUUUCAUUUUCGGGAUGAGUCCGGACAUGUCAUACGAGAGUUCCGCGGAAUGAACCACUCUAUGUACCAAAGGCAUGGCUAUCCGAUCACAUUUUUAGACAGGCAGAUGGUGCUUCAAGUGCUAUAUGAUAACAUCAAGGAUAAGAAGAAAGUCCUCACUAAGAAACGCAUUCAAAGCGUAGAAAUCACCGACGAUGGCGUAGUCGCGGGGACUUCUGACGGGUCAUUCUAUGAAGGUGAUAUCUUGGUGGGUGCAGAUGGAAUCCACAGCACUGUCAGAAGGGAAAUGUGGAAGAUCGCCAACAAGCAGUCACCUGGCUGGAUUCCACCACGCGAGGCUUCUGCCGUCCCGGUCGAUUAUGGGUGCGUUUUCGGGAUUUCCAACCCCUGCGGGAUUGAACCUGGCUCAUCAAACUCGGUAUUCAUGAAGCAUCAAUCUUAUAUCGUGAACGGCGGUCCGGAGGGGCGUGUCUACUGGUUCUAUUUCUUCAAACUGAAACAAAGAGCCUUUGGUAGUGAUAUCCCAAAGUACACCAAGGAAGACGAGAGAAAAUUGCUCGUUCAACGACAAGAUGAUAAUAUCACCCCGACUAUCAAGUUCAAGGACCUUCUGGAUAACAAAAUAUCCACAUCCUUAGUUCCACUGCAAGAAUAUGUCUUCAGGCAGUGGUAUUACAAGAGGAUCCUCACUAUUGGUGAUGCCGCUCACAAGUUUCACCCAAUCGCUGGUCAUGGUGGUAACGCAUGUAUGGAAUCCGCAGCUACUCUGGUCAACGCUCUCCGAAGAGCGCUAGCGAGUUCAAAAGGAGCCAAUUCGAAAGGCGGCAAACCUACCCUAGAAAAAAUCGAAGACGUGUUUGCUGAGACUCAAAGGAUUCGUCAAGCAAGAACAAUUUCAUUAAAAGAGCAUUCGCACGAGCAACAGCGAACCGAGCUGCUAGACACCACUUUACACCAGAUAGCAGCCUUUUAUUUACUUCCGCAGAUGGACAGCGAAGAUAUCACCUUCAAUUUCUCACGUAACAUGCCGCUCGCAGAAAAGCUGGACACACCAGAACUAAGCACUGUUUCACGACUUGUGCCUUAUAAAGACGAGCUUCUGAGCAGCCCAGUACCCCGAGGUAUCAAAAAGUGGUAUUUUAUCACCUUUUAUCUUUCAAUUGCUGCCCUUGUGCAUUAUGGAAUGUGGGUUCAUUCCGCUUAUUAUGGACUUGACACUCACUUAGGGAGUGUCUUGGCCACUGGAGAGUUCUUCUAUGAUCCGGAAUUCCCCCUGAAACGGACCUAUGUCGGAAUCAAGCCUAUCGACGACUACCUGGUAUUCUUGGCUGCUGUGUUCAUCCCAGGCUUGAAAAACUGGGACCCAAGUUUCUCAUUUCUGCAAUUUUACUUUCUAGGCAUGCUUGUCCAGCCGAUUGCAGUGUGGUCAGCAGAGGCAUUCCGGAAACGUAACAUGCUUACACCGAUAUCACUGUUCACCGUUUGGCUCACCCUCGUGCAGUGGGCUGGGGUGGGAAUCUAUAUGCCAAUUUACUAUGCCGUUUAUACCUUCAUUUCGGAGCCUGAGUCCUACUGGUGGCCCCUGAAUCGCGACAUCCGAGUGGACUUCAGUGCCUCUCUAACAUGGGCCGUGAAUAUCGGCUAUACCCUACCCACAAUUCUAAUGUUUAUCCCGUGGACCAGCCCAGAUGCAAUUCAAAACUUUGAGGCCAUCUGGCAGGUCUCCCCAAUGUUGGUGCCACUCUUCUGCGGCAUCUUUGGGUAUUAUUUCCGGAAAGCAAAUGGGCUGCCGCAAGGACUACGUACAGCGAAACAGGUACCACGAGAUCUUCCACACCUCAAGAACCUUUACUUUGUCACCGGUGUGCUGGGGUUGGUGUUCCAUGUCUUCUGCAUUUCCAGGAUUGUGUUAUCACAUCAGGUAACCCUCGCAUCUGUCUUUUGGCCUGACUUCUCUGCGGAGGCAAAACCAUUUGGAGAAGGGCUCCGGGCGAUCUUCAUGACCGACUUCUGGGGUUUCUAUGCCGCCACCUACGGUUGGCUCUGUAUGGCCGUGUGGGAUGUGAAGCGAGUCGGCCGCAGCACUGUCGACGUUGGGAAAGCAGCAGUCCUUGUUGCUCUAGGCCAUUUGCUCGUUGGCCCCGGUGCUGUCAUGUCGGCUGUCUGGUACUGGAGAGAGUUGGCUUUGGCUAAGACUCGCUUCAGUUGA